UUUUCUUAUGAUAUAUGGAAGACUUUAUUUAAAAUAGACGUUUUGCGGACAUAUAUGCAUGAGAAUGUAGAUGAGAAUACACGGAUUUCACGUCGUCACAAACAUUUCGGGAACUGGUGAAAGUGCCGUUCGGGGCAAAGAGCCUGGACGCAGUCUUGUCUGUCCCAGCCUCGGUGAAAGAUGUUCAGACAGCCGUCAUACUAACACAUGGCGCAGGAGGAGACAUGAACUUCAAACAUUUGGUUUCUCUUGCACACGCUCUGACAUCAGAUGGUUUAGUCUGCCUCCGUUUCACAUGCAAGGGCUUAAACUUGGGUGACAGAGUUAAAGCUUACAAUGCUGUCAGGGAUUACUUGAAAACCUUGGUGAGGUUUGAAUUAAAAAACAUAUUUUUUGGAGGCAGGUCAAUGGGAUGCCGUGCUGCUGCAGCCCUCGCCAGGCAGCUGAGCGAUGUAUCUGAGCAUGCAGUGCAGGGCGUCAUCUGCCUCUCUUUCCCCCUGCACCCACCAGGAAAGAAGCACACCCAUCUCCAGCGGAGUGAAGAUUUAAAAAUGCUGCCUGAGUGUGUUCGUGUGCUGUUUGUGUCUGGCACCGAGGACAACAUGUGCAACAGGGGCCUUUUUAAUGAAGUUCUAAAAGAUAUGAAAGCUGACGCUGAGGUUUUCUGGUUACAAGGAGGAAGCCAUGGACUGACGGUGAAGGGAAGGUCUGAGGAUUCUGUGAUGGAUGAAGUAAAUUUAAAAAUCCUCCACUGGAUUAAAAAACCUGUGGAUUAAAGAAAAAACUAUAGGGGAAUUACCAUUUGAUGUUUUUCAAUUAUUUGUUUCACUUUGUUAAAUAAAUGAUUUUAUACCAUAAA